UCGUUUUGAUACAAUGGACGUUUGUGCUAACAAACCAUCCCAUCCGUCCCGACUCCUCGUAGUGCUCUUCUCCUUGCCAUCCCAUCCCCCUCACUUCCCAUCCCAUCCUCUUCUCCCCGCCUCACUACUAAGGCUUUGUCGCAGGCACACUCGGAAGAUCCGAAGUCGCAUCACAUCAGCCUGCAGUUCCCAAGCAAGGAACCGCUGAACACUUCUAGCACCGAGCUGCUGUGUAUGUGCGUGUGUCUGUGUGGCUGCGCGCCCGUUGCAGAUGCGCUAGCCGUUGUUCACCUCACUACCUACCUUAUCUCCAGGCACUCACAGCUUGCCUCAUGCUCAUGCGCGACUGCAUGUAUGGAAUAGCUGCGGACUUCCCUCGAACGUCACUCUAUAUCCUCGUCCAGUCCAUCGUACAAGCAACGAUAUAGGCAUCGCUGUGGCUGAAUAUGACGAGCGCAACACCUUCUUCGACGCCUCCAGAGGAGCACGCGACCCAUUCUGAAGCGCAACACCAGCACGGACACGAGCAGCAGCAGAAACAGAAGCAGAAGCAGAAGCAGGAUCAGGAGCAGACGCGCGAGCACGCGGAUGCGGACCAGCACGAGAAGGAUGUUGAGCAGCGCGAGGCUUACGAGUACUGGGGAUAUCUGUUUAAGCCGGAUAAGACGGGCACCGACAAGCUCAAGAGCUUGCUGCGAGGCUUGAAGGACCUCAUGAACGAGCAGUAUGAGCCCUCUGACAACCCCGAUCUGACGCCGAAUCAGCUGGCGCACUUCUACCGCGACCUGCAUGGCAACUACGAUCAGCUGUUCCUAGGCACGCCCAGCGAGAGCAUCGCCUUCAUCUACAAGAGCUUAGGCUGUCUGCACAGUCUGCAGCCGCUCCACCACACUCACCAGACUGCCUUUACGGAUCCCACCGUGCCUGCGCUGAAGACUGAGGGAUGGAUCAUGUGGCAGACGAUCCAGCUUCUCCUGGGGCCUGAAGAGCACUCGAGCUUCCUGCGAGAAGCUGUCGCCAAGUGGGAUGUCAAAGACCAUGACACCGGCGCCGUGCUCCCCAAGAUCCUGCCGCGAGAGUGCUUUCCAAUCGACCCGGAUAAGCACAUGGUGGCCUGGUACGAGGGUGUCUCGGAGCGCCUACGUCGAGAAGCAGAAGACGAAGAGCGCCACAAGCAUGUUGAGGUGGAGCACGACUCGGAUCAACCACCACCACGACGAGUACGAGAUAGAGCGCAUCAUGGGCCGCCACAUGGCCCUCCACGUCCAGAGGGAGAUGUGCCGAGUGAAGAUGAUGGUGCAUCAGUGGACUCACGAGGACCCGCGCUGGCAUACUUUCGAAACCCUUUAUACAGGCACGUGGAUGGCCGACCCUCCAUCGUGCGGAAAACGUCGAAAAGACCAGGCUUGAGCCCGCGCGCGACGAUGCUCGACAAAGGGAAAGCAGCAGCGGCUUCAUUCGGACGCAUCGCACGCGGUGUGGGCAGUCCGCACUUGUGGUCCGCCGAACCAAGACACAGCCGAAGUCAUUCUCGCGACCACCAGGACCACCACGAGCGAAGAAGGAGCCACGCGGACAACAGAUAUCCUCCCGAUACAGAAGAACCCACAUCCGCAGGUUCCUACGAUGAACGCUUCGAGCCACGAGCAAAUUCGAGCCACACCCAUAGCCAUAGUAGCCAUGGCCCCAGCCGUCACAGGCGGAAGUCUUCUCAGCCCGAUCGAGCUCCUUCCGGUGCUGUUGCGGACGAUGAGAUGGAGGAGAGCGAGACGAGCCCUGUAUACAGUCCUCCAUCGGGGUCCAAUUCGAGCAGACCUCGACACCAUCGCUCUAGGCCAUCUGAAGCUCGUGAUGGCGAUCGCGAUCAGCCGUUGCGACACUCCAGGAGCCACGAUCCGACGCCGAGUCAGCGCGAAGGUGAAGACUAUUUCGGUCCUGGCGGGCACUACGAGGAACCUCCUGCUGCUAGGAGAAGCUCUGUUCAUGACAGACCCAACACACCACCAGUGCAGUACAAUGACUUUGGCCCAUCCUUCGGACCUUCCGCUUCGCCCCUGUUCGCUGCAACAGUAGCCAGGCAUCCUGCUCCGCCUGCGCCUCAUUUCACACAGAACAUGCCACCAAGAGGGCCUCCUGGCAAUGGCCACCUGCCGCCACCAGGCCCAGAAUACGAUGGAGGUCUACCUGCGAGACACCAGUCAUUACGACGACAUCACGAUGGGUACGACGGCCGCAGCCCUGCGCGAGAUGACAGACAUUAUGGCAGUCCUCGGCCAGGAUCACGAAGGUACGAUGAUUCUCAAUACCCCAGUGGUCCACCCCCAGGACGCGAUCCGCGGGAUUCACGGUAUCCGCCUCCUGAUUUCGAUUCACAUCGUUUGCGAGACUCCAGAGAACGCGGCUAUCCACCUCCAGACGACCGCCGACCGCCACGCGAUGCCCGAGACAGAGAUCAUCGCGACCGGCGAAGCAGUCGCGCGAGUGCUCCGCCUCCUGACGAUGAUUAUGACGAUCCUCGGAGACACCAUCGGCCAAAGCACACCCGUUUUACGGAUACUGGCGUGAGCGGCAGAAAGUAUCCGGAUGAGAGUGGUUUCAGUCGUGGUUCGUAGGAGGAAUCUCGUACUUUGAUCAAAGACAGAUUGAAACACUGGGCCGAGGAAAGGCAGAAGAGAAAGAAUGGAAUCUGGCACGAGCAGACCUGAGCAACGAAUGAUGACACGAGGGGAGUAGAUUUUGGUAAUGCUACACGUUUGAUGAGUAGGCACAUGUAGUAGAUACGAUGUUAUGAGCAAUAAGGUAGUACUACUCCUUUCAAGUCCUCAGUUAUGGAAAGACUUUUUUACAUCUCAGCACUUUCUGAAUUCCGAACGCUUCUCUUUUUCGGAAAUAUGUCAUGAUCAUUUAUUCAUAUAUUUGAUCUCCAUGUCAUAAAAGAACACGUGAUUUGUGACCUAGCUUCUCCCGUACUUAUAACAACACCACCAACUACAAGACCAAGAUUCCCUCAUCACUCCAUAUAACUCACCGUCUUAAUCCUCACAAACUCCUCCAAUCCCCACUGCGCAUUAAAUCUUCCCCAACCAGAUUUCUUCACGCCACCAUGCGGCAAGCCCGCUUCAUCAUGCACACUCAUCGAAUUAAUAUGAAUCGCACCCGAAUCAAUUUCCUUUGCAAUCUUCAAUCCUCUUCCCAAACUUUCCGUAAACACGGCACCGGAAAGUCCAUAUUCCGUAUCAUUCGCAAUGGAAAUCGCUUCUUCGUCAGAUUCGAUAGCGAUGAGAGAAAGUGUCGGGCCGAAAGAUUCCGUGUACCAAAUGUCCAUGUCUUUUUUCACGUCCGACACGAUGAGGGGUCGGAUUCGAUAGGCGGAGGGGUCAGUGGAAGAAGGGUCUCCAUAGAUGAUUUUGGCGCCUUUGGAAACGGCGUCUUGCCGCAAUUUGGCGUUUUUCUCGACGCCGGGUUUGGCGAUGAGUAAAGGUGCUUCUGCCGAUGGGGCGUAGAUUUUGUCGGUGGCGGAUUUUAAGGCUUCGCCAAAGGGUUCGAGGAUUUUGCGGUGCACGAGGACGCGUUCGGUGGCCAUGCAGAUUUGUCCGCCGUGUAAGAAGGAGCCGAGGGCGACUUGGAAGGCGGCGUGUUCGAUGUUGGCGUCUUCGCAGACGAUGGCGCUGGCUUUGCCGCCGAGUUCCAUGAGGCAGGGUUUGAGUUCUUUGCCGGCUUUGGCGGCGAUGAUGCUGCCGACGAUGGUAGAUCCGGUGAAGUUGAUUUUUUUGAUGCUGGGAUGCUCGAUCAACUUGUUGGUGACUGCUGCAGCAUCUUGUGGUCGGUGAUACACAAUGUUCAAUACACCAUCGGGCAAGCCGGCCUCCUUGAGAAUGGAUCCAAUGGCCCAGUACGUCCUAGGGCUCAGCUCGGAGCCUUUCAGGACGCACGUGUUGCCUGCGGCGAUGGGAUAGAGGAAAGCACGAACACCCAGGAUGUAGGGAGCAUUCCAUGGAGCAAUGCCCAAAAUGACACCCAUGGGCUCCUUGAACAAAAACGCUCCUUGACCGGGAGUCUUGGUCUGAGGAAUGUGGCCACUAAUGGUGGAAGCGAGCCCACUCACGGAGCGGAAAUUGUCAAUGGUGGUAGCAAUGUUAAAUUGUGCAAAGGCAUCGAGAGAACCCGUUUCCUCCAUCAUAUAGCCGAUGAGCUCGGCUCUUCGUGACUCCAUGAUGUCAGCUGCUUUAAGGAGGAUGCUCUGAAUGUCGCCGGCUUUGGUUUUGCGCCAUGUUUUGAACGCUUUUUCAGCGGCUUCACAUGCCUCUGCAACAUGCUGCUCCGACGCCGAAGAGGAAGGCCACAGCGGCUGGCUUGUGCUGGGGCAAUUCACGUCAAAGGUGGUGUCUGUGACGACCUCCUGGCCAUUGAUCCAGAGCGGCACGGGCCCAGCCAUAGUGAUGACUGCUGUCCUGGUACUUGGAGAAGGAGGAGGAGGAUAAUGAGGAGAAGGAGGACGAGGACGAGGAGGAGCAAGUGGAAUGUAUCGUGACUUAGGUAUGUAGUUUGGUGCAAU